UGCGCCGCUGCUGAGCUCCGUGGCUCCUGUCACUUCGCCCCAGGCCCGGCCAUGGAGGCGGCGGUGGGCAGCCUGCAGCAGAAGGCGGCCGAGCUGGAACACAUGGCCGAGGUGCUGCUGACCGGGGAGCAGCUGAGGCUUCGACUGCAUGAAGAAAAGGUCAUUAAAGAUCGAAGGCAUCACCUCAAGACAUAUCCCAACUGUUUUGUUGCUAAAGAACUGAUUGACUGGUUGAUUGAUCACAAAGAGGCUUCAGACCGAGAGAUAGCAAUUAAACUUGUGCAGAAAUUAUUGGAUCACAGUGUCAUUCAUCAUGUUUGUGAUGAGCAUAAGGAAUUCAAAGACGUCAAACUUUUCUACCGCUUUAGGAAAGAUGAUGGAACAUUCCCACUGGAUAACGAGGUGAAGGUGUUCAUGAGAGGCCAGAGGCUAUAUGAAAAGCUGAUGAGUUCUGAAAAUACGCUUUUACAAGCAAGGGAAGAGGAGGGAGUCAAGUAUGAACGGACCUUCGUGGCAUCUGAGUUUAUUGACUGGCUGAUUCAAGAAGGAGAGGUCACAACAAGGACUGACGCAGAACAACUUGGUCGUAGGCUGUUGGAGCAUGGAAUUAUACAGCAUGUGUUCAACAAGCACCAUUUUAUGGAUAGCAACCUGCUCUACCAGUUCAGAAUGAAUUUCCGCCGGCGAAGGAGGCUGAUGGAGCUGCUCACUGACAAAUCCCGCUUGAUGCCAGACAGCCAUGACAGCCCAUUUUGCCUGCGGAAGCAGAACCACGACAACAAAAAACACACUAGUUUUCUUUCAGUGAGUCCCACCAAGGAGAUAAAGAUUGUGUCAGCAGUGAGAAGGAGCAGCAUGAGCAGCUGUGGCAGUAGCGGAUACUUCAGCAGUAGCCCUACCCUCAGCAGCAGUCCCCCAGUAUUAUGCAAUCCUAAAUCUGUAUUAAAGAGACCAGUGGCUGCUGAAGAGCUCUUGAUGCCUGGAGCCCCUUACGUAAGAAAAACUUUUACAAUUGUAGGAGAUGCUGUUGGGUGGGGUUUUGUCGUGCGUGGGAGCAAGCCAUGCCAUAUUCAAGCCGUGGAUCCCAGUGGCCCUGCAGCUGCAGCAGGAAUGAAGGUCUGUCAGUUUGUGGUUUCUGUCAAUGGACUCAAUGUUCUCCAUGCAGACUACAGGACAGUGAGCAAUCUCAUUCUGACUGGCCCUCGAACUAUUGUCAUGGAGGUGAUGGAGGAAAUGGAAUCCUGAGAAGGAAAUUCCCUUGGUGGACACAUUGUGAACAGAAUAACAAAGAAUCGAUACAAGACAAAAUGAUGGAAGGGAGCCAAAACCCUGACUUAUCUACCUAGAUUAUUUUCCUUUACAGGUGUUUUUCCCCUCUUGCUAACUAGUAAACGCUGGUUAAAAUUCAAUGAAUGAACAACAGAUACCAACAAAAUAGCAGUUAAGACCGAACCUUGCUUGCUGAAGCCAAGAAUGAGGCCUUUAGUUUGACAAGUCCAACUGUAUGUGUGUCUGUUGGGAGGCUAUCUUAAAAGGUUGUGCAUAAUUUUCCCUGCUGUUCAACCAUUUGAUCAACAUGCUUGAGAAGAGGCAAGAUAACAAGUUGUUUGCUGGCCAGCAUUCAUGCAUGAUUUGCACAACGUUCAGGUUGGCAUAUCCCCUCCAUGUAAUUUAUGGGUGUCUAUAGGGCAGUCCCCAAAGCAAGUGUCGCUCUCUCCCUUCAAUCACAGGGUUAAGAAAUUGCUCAGAUUCAUGGUUUUGUUGCCUGUAAAUUCAACCAGCAAACAACAUUUAAAUGUGUACAUAAACAGAAAAAAAUCAUUCAUGCUCUAUGGCAGGCAUUCAGGUAUCAGUGACGGGUAAACCUUACAAAUAUCUGAAGAUACUAUUCUAGGAAGGAAAACGCAAGAAUUCACAAAUGUUAUAGAUAUGUGCAUUGGUUUUAAAAUGUUGGCUGUUGAAAAUCAGGCCAUUUAUUUUGCUGCCUAAGUACUCAGAGCUGUCCCAGUUUGAAAAUGUUGAUCUCUUUACCUCAUGUGUAAUGUACAUAUGGCUCAGUCUCCUGGCAUUUUGACAAUUUUAAACAAAGUUUGGACACCCCUGUUGCUAGAAGAGGGAUAAUAUUCUUGAGAGGUAAAGUGAACAAAUCAUGGUAUUAACAUUAGCUUUGAAAUAUUCAGUUGAUUCAGCAGGUACAGUGCACUUCAAAUUGAAGCAGUGCACUUGAAUGUGUUUACUUAAACUUUGAUUAUCAGCAUUUUCGAACUAGUAAAUGUUUGAAAACCAUAUACAUGCCAGAUAAAUUGCAAUUGAUGCUAUUAUUAAUAAAAUAUUGUAUUUAAUUGAC